GUGUUGGUGCAGAGCUGCCCUCCGAUCCACCAGACUAAAAGCCGGAGCCAUGGCAUGUGGGAAGAGGAGAAGACCGAGGACAAAGUGAAAUGGAAGCAGCUGGAGCACAAAGGACCCUACUUCGCCCCUUUGUAUGAGCCGCUCCCGGAUGACGUCAAGUUUUACUACAAUGGCCAGCCUAUGAAGCUGAGUUUGGCCACAGAAGAAAUAGCCACCUUCUAUGCUAAAAUGCUGGAUCACGAGUACACCACUAAAGAGAUUUUCCAGAACAACUUCUUCAGGGAUUGGAAAGAGGAAAUGACAGAGAAGGAGCAGGAGAUCAUCCAGAGCCUGGACAAGUGCAACUUCAAAGAAAUACACAAGUACUUUGUGGACAAGAACGAGGCCCGGAAGGCCCUGCCCAAAGAGGAGAAGCAGAAACUGAAGGAGGAGACGGACAAGAUCCAGGAGGAGUACGGGUACUGCAUCCUCGAUGGGCAUCGCGAGAAGAUCGGGAACUUCAAAACUGAGCCUCCGGGGCUGUUCCGGGGACGCGGGAACCACCCCAAGAUGGGGAUGCUGAAGAAGAGAAUCAUGCCUGAGGAUGUGAUCAUAAACUGCAGCAAGGACUCCAAGAUCCCGGUGCCCCCAGAAGGCCACAAGUGGAAGGAAGUGCGUUGCGACAACACGGUCACGUGGCUGGCCUCGUGGACGGAGAACAUCCAAAAUUCGCUGAAGUACAUCAUGCUGAACCCGAGCUCCAAGCUGAAGGGAGAGAAAGACUGGCAGAAGUACGAAGUAGCCCGGCGCCUGAAGGGUGUUGUGGACAAGAUCCGCUCCCAGUACCGAGAUGACUGGAAGUCCAGGGAGAUGAAGACACGGCAAAGAGCUGUGGCCCUUUACUUCAUUGAUAAGCUGGCCUUGAGAGCCGGGAAUGAGAAGGAGGAAGGGGAGACUGCAGACACGGUUGGUUGCUGCUCCCUGCGCGUGGAGCACAUCAAGCUUUACCCGGAGCUGGACGGGCAGGAGCACAUGGUGGAGUUCGACUUUCUUGGGAAGGACUCGAUCCGCUACUACAACAAAGUGCCCGUGGAGAAGCCGGUGUUCAAGAACCUGAAGCUGUUUAUGCAGAACAAGGAUCCGGGGGACGACCUCUUUGACAGGCUGAGUACCGGCAGCCUGAACAGUUACCUGCAGGAUUUGAUGACGGGACUCUCAGCGAAGGUGUUUCGAACCUAUAAUGCUUCCAUCACCCUGCAAGAGCAGCUGAAAGCCCUCACCAACCCUGAAGACAAUGUAGCUGCCAAACUGCUGGCGUACAACCGAGCCAACCGGGCCGUGGCCGUUCUGUGCAACCAUCAAAGGGCAACACCCAAAACCUUUGAGAAGUCAAUGCAGGCCCUCCAGGCCAAGAUCGAUGCCAAGAACCAGCAGCUGGAGGAAGCACAAGCAGAGCUGAAAAGAGCCAAGGCUGAUCACAAAGCCAAGAAGGACGUGAAAUCAAAAGAGGCCGUGGAGAAGAAAAAGAAGUUGCUGGAGAAGAUUAAAGAGCAGCUGGAGAAAUUGAACGUCCAAGUCACGGACAAAGAGGAGAACAAGCAGAUCGCUCUGGGCACGUCCAAGCUGAAUUACUUGGAUCCCAGGAUUAGUGUGGCCUGGUGCAAGAAGUUUGGCGUGCCCAUCGAGAAGAUCUACAACAAGACUCAGCGCGAGAAGUUUGCCUGGGCCAUCGACAUGGCCGAUGAAGACUUUGAGUUCUGAGAGAGUGGCUUUCCCUGGGAAACCCGACUUCUUUCUGGCUCUUUUGGUACCUUUUGGAUGGUUUUAUGUGCUGCAGUUACCAUUUUGUGGCGGUAACCCACCUCGGGGAGUACUUGCUGCAUAUAAUUCAUGCCUUUUUGUAUAAAAGCCACCCCCGUUUUGUAUUUGAAACAGGUACGGCUGGACGCCUGCACUUUGAAUUCCCUUCCUCUUAUGGCAGCCACCAAGUGAUUUGUUCCCUCCCUGAGGUUGAAAAAUAGAGGUUGGGAAUGAGCCUUAAUCCUACAUCCUAAAACUAGAUUAGAUAAUCUAAUCCCAUCUCCCUUCUCUGCAUCAGAGAUGCGCCAUCUUUUCUUUUCUUCAGACUUCAUCUGAGAAAUUAGCUUGACAAGAAAUAUAAAAGCACUUUGCCGAACCCAAGCAGUUGUAGCUACGGAAAGGACUGUCGUGCCAUCGAAGGGGGGAGCAGCUUGGGUGCGUCUGGAGGAGGGAUAUUUUUGGGUUCUCUAAACCCAUGCGAGACGCAGCAAGAAUCGCAAAAUAGUUUGUUACGUUUCUUCAAAAUUUGGUCUGAAAAGGGGGAAAAAAAUGUUCAAGUUGCCAAACAUGACCAUCAGGGCCUGUAGGAAACUUCAGUUUAGGAGAAGGUAUAAAUGAUGGGAAAUACCGUGCAGAAAUCCAGUUUGCUGCACGGUGGAUGUGGGGCUUCAGAACGGAAAAUGGCAGCGGCUUGCGAAGUGUACGCGAAUAUACCUGAUUGCAUAUCCUCAAUUUGAUAACACGGGCCUGAUUUUAAUUCAAAGUGCAGUGAGGUCAAUAGAUUUUUUUUUUUUCCUUUGCUUACAGCAGGCUUUGAAUUGGGAUCCAAGUACCUUUAGAGUGAUGUAAGUGGCAGUAAGUCUCACCCCAUGUGUACAUUUUCCUGUUGUAGGGUAUAUGGCAGAGGCUGUAAGCAUUGGGUGGGCAUAUAGCUAAAGCAAAAUGAUUUUGCUGCAGAUCUGAAACGUGCGAUUUCACUGGUCCAUCUGUGUUUCUCCCUGACAUUGGUUAAGUUGAGAAGCACAAGGCAUUGACCACAGACCUGAGAGGGAAAUACUGUAGCUACAAUACAGUAAAACUAAUAGCUCCUAUAUACAUUUGACCACUUCGCUGUUGGUAGGAAGUGUUCAAGGGAGUUUGAUGGAUCUUGCAAGAAGUUAGCCUGAAAAGGCUUCCGUCACUAAAAUGUUGGUAUUCAAACUGAGGGUUAAAUCAAGGAUAAACCUUGUAUUAUUUAAUGGAUAAAAUUCAUGUCCCCAUAGUCCUGAGGCACUCCCGAUAUACAUAGUUGUUCUCCAUGGAUUCGUUUGCAGUCGGCUGCUCUUUAUGUUAACUUAUGUAAGUUAUCAUUUUGUUUGGAGUCGGACGCGCAGAGCGCAUUUCAUUAAAAUUUGAGAUACUUUGUGUA